GCUCAACCUUUUUCUUAAAAAAAUAAGGUUGUUUUUGUUUGUUUUUUUGGGUGAAGAAACAAGUCCAGAGGAGUCGUGUUUCAUUUUCAAAUUUGAAAGUGGAAGAGAACGGGAAAACCAGAAAAUCUCAAAGAUCUUGUUCGCCAGUGCUGCAAACCCAAACCCAGUAGGAAAAAGAUUCCAUUCGUUUUUUCUUUAUUUGCUUUCACCGGUAAAUUCUCUGUUUCUUUGUCUCCUUCUUCUUCUGCGCUUGUUACCCUCGGAGAAGUCGAACCCCAUCUCCUCAGAGCUCCGAUUCCAAUUUGCAGCCAGUGUUAUUUCUCUCAAUACACUUAGCAUUUCAUAAGAGCACCCUCCCCCUUGCCAGAUCUUUCCUCGGUCAUCAGGACUGCUUACAGGGGCUGUAUCCUAAUAAUCAGCACUUCUGUUCAUACUUGGCGGAUUGGUGCCAUUUGCUAUAUGGUGAAGGGUGGUUUUUGUGUGUAAUUUUAUGAACAUUCGGUCAGAGAAAUUUGUAGAUGAUGGGGAUCAUUUCUCGCAGUCCGACUAAUAGAAAACCAAGUGAAAGUAUGAGGCUUAUUGUAACUACUUUUGUUGGAGUGAUUUUUGGCUUCUUCAUAGGUGUAUCGUUCCCAAAACUGUCAAUAACAAAGUUGAGUCUUCCAUCCAGCCUGCUUCCAUCCAUUGAUCUCACUUACAUUGAAGACAAAUAUACAGGUAGCUAUACUUGGUCAUUUAUGAGGAGUUCCAACAGAAGCUCAUCACAAGAUCAAUCAUUGAUUGAUUCAUCAAAGAUUUGGGUUCCAUCAAAUCCAAGAGGUGCAGAAAUGUUACCUCCUGGAAUAGUUGAAGCUGAGUCAGACUUUUACUUGCGUAGAUUGUGGGGUAAACCUAGUGAGGAUUUAGCCUUCAAGCCAAAGUAUCUUGUAACCUUCACUGUUGGCUAUAAUCAAAAAGAUAAUAUUGAUGCAGCUGUUAAAAAGUUCUCAGAAGACUUCACAAUCCUUCUCUUUCAUUAUGAUGGCCGAACAAGUGAGUGGGAUGAGUUCGAGUGGUCCAAGAAGGCUAUUCAUAUAAGUGCUCGUAAACAGACCAAAUGGUGGUAUGCCAAGCGGUUUCUGCAUCCUGACAUUGUGGCACCAUAUGACUAUAUAUUUAUGUGGGAUGAAGACCUAGGGGUUGAGCACUUUAAUGCAGAGGAAUACUUAAAGCUGGUGAGGAAGCAUGGCUUAGAGAUUUCACAGCCUGGCCUGGAACCUAAUAAAGGGUUGACAUGGCAGAUGACAAAGAGAAGAGGUGAUCAAGAAGUUCACAAAGUAACAGAGGAGAAACCAGGAUGGUGUUCCAACCCUCAUCUACCUCCUUGUGCAGCGUUUGUUGAGAUCAUGGCUCCGGUUUUUUCGCGAGAUGCUUGGCGCUGUGUGUGGCACAUGAUUCAGAAUGACUUGGUCCAUGGGUGGGGCCUUGAUUUUGCUCUGAGAAAAUGUGUUGAGCCUGCUCAUGAGAAGAUUGGAGUUGUUGAUUCUCAGUGGAUUGUCCACCAAGGUGUUCCUUCACUAGGGAAUCAGGGAGAAGCUCACACCGGUAAAGCACCAUGGCAGGGGGUGAGGGAAAGAUGUAGAAAGGAGUGGACUAUGUUCCAGAGUCGUCUGACGAAAGCAGAAAACGAAUAUUACAAGGCCAUGGGAAUUCAUCCUUCCAAUUCCACAGCUCACUAGGCACAAUGAAGAAACCGAAAAAGAAAACGGGGGGAAAAAAAAAAGACAUGUACACAGCUACCACCACCUCCACCACUGUGCUUAGUUAUUUUCAUUACAAUUUUUUAUGCCUUGUUCUCACGCAUGUAGCCUCCUCGGUUAUGUUAAGGAGAGUCCUAGUUUAGGACAAUCUGGAACACUUUUGAUGUAUCUGGUUUAUUUGAUUAUAUUAAUAUUACAAUCAUAUUCUUGGAAUACA